AUGAAUAAACUAUGGGCACAAUUCGGCUCUAUACUAGCCACAAUCAUGUUUGUGUAUGCCAUAAUUGAACGUUUUCUACCACCUGCAUUUCGAGAUACACUUCAAAUCUCCACACAAAAAGUACUAAACCUUUUAUACCCUUACAUCCAAAUCACAUUCCAUGAAUUUUCAGGUGAAAGACUAAAAAGAAGUGAAGCAUACACUUUCAUCCAAACCUACCUUAGUGAAAACUCGUCACAACUAGCCAAAAGACUCAAAGCAGAAGUCAUGAAAGACAGUCAAAAUCCAUUAGUUCUUAGCAUAGAUGAUGAUGAAGAAGUCACAGACGAGUUUCAAGGUGUAAAACUUUGGUGGGCCGCGAUCAAAAUCGAAACUUCAUCGCAUGGUUUCUCAUCCUUCUCGAAUUAUAAAAGAUACUACAAACUCACUUUCCAUAAAAAAGCAUAG